AUGUUCGGCAAACUCAAACAGUUAACACACGAACGCCGGCAGGAAGGAAUCGAUAUUAUCGAUUUGGGGAUGGGCAACCCGAAUCAACCGACCCCGCAACCUAUUAUUGAUAAACUAUCAGAGGCGGCACAAGAGCUCAGGAAUCACCGCUAUUCCGCUUCGCGUGGCAUCUACAAUCUGCGUAGGGAAGUCAGUUGGUAUUAUGAACGCCGGUUCGGUGUUGAUAUUGAUCCGGAUGAAGAAGCGAUUGCUGUCAUUGGCACCAAAGAGGGACUCGGACACCUCGCUUUAGCCUUGAUUGACAACGGUGACUUAGCGAUGGUCCCGAAUCCGACCUUUCCAAUUCACAUGUACAGCAUUGUGCUCGCGGGUGGAAGUGUUGUGAGCAUACCACUGACGGAAGAGAACGAUUUCAUCCCCUCUCUCACCGAAAUCACACGUGAUAUUUGGCCGAGACCCAAGGUGUUAAUCUUAAGUUUUCCGCACAACCCAACCGGUGCUGUCGUUGACCUUGGGUUCUUUGAAGAGAUUGUCGCGUUCGCGAAACGCCAAGAGAUCAUCGUGAUCCACGAUUUGGCUUAUGCAGACAUCGUUUUUGAUGGCUACAAGGCACCAAGUCUCUUACAGGCAAAGGGAGCGAAGGACAUCGGUAUCGAAUUUAUCUCUCUGUCUAAAUCCUACAAUAUGGCGGGAUGGCGGUGUGGAUUUGCAGCUGGAAAUCGUGAGAUUGUCGAGGCACUCGCCCGGAUUAAAGGGUAUUACGAUUAUGGGAUUUUCGCACCGAUCCAGGUCGCCGCAAUUAUGGCACUGCGUACCCCAGAGGAUACGGUGAUGGAAAACGCUGCCGUUUACCAAAAACGCCGUAAUGUGCUUGUCGAUGGUCUAAACAGGAUCGGAUGGAAGGUCCCAAAACCGCAGGCUUCAAUGUUCGUCUGGGCACCGAUUCCUGAAGCAUGGAAGCACCUAAACUCCAUGGAAUUCGCCAUGAAACUUCUGAGCGAGGCAGAGGUCUGUGUUUCUCCCGGCGCGGGAUUCGGGCAUAACGGCGAGGGCUAUAUCCGCAUUGCCCUUGUAGAGAACGAAGAUCGAAUUCGUCAGGCAGUGCGUCAGAUUCGGAAAGCGUUGUUCGGUUAA